CAAGCCAUAGCGCAUUCUACUUUUUCCGACGAGACACUGUGACCAUGGCGGCUGGCAACAUUACCUUUGACGACUACCUUGGGCUGUGCAACUGCCUGGUCGAAUGGGCGGACAGCUACGAUAGCAAGGACUGGGAGAGGCUGAAGAAGUGCAUUGCUCCGACUCUCAGGAUCGACUACCGGUCCUUCCUGGACAAGCUGUGGGAGGCGAUGCCGGCCGACGAGUUUGUGGCCAUGAUCUCGUCGCCGGCGGUGCUGGGCGACCCGCUGCUGAAGACGCAGCACUUCAUCGGCGGCACCAAGUGGGAGAAGGUGUCGGACGACGAGGUCAUCGGCGUGCACCAGCUGCGCGUGCCCCACCAGCGGUACACGGACGAGUCGCGCCGCACCGUGGCCGUCAAGGGCCACGCUCACAGCACCAACACGCACUGGUACAAGAAGGUCAACGGCGAGUGGAAGUUUGCGGGCCUGUGCCCCGACAUCCGAUGGGGCGAGUACGACUUCGACCAGGUGUUUGCCAGCGGGCGGGGCGAGUUUGGCGAGAGCGAGACCAAGGCUGCCGAGGGGGUGCCGCCUGUGACGACGCAGCAGGCGGCAGUGAAGGCGUAAAGGAUCAGAGCA